GUAGAACCUCCCAGACACCCUGCACCUAUUUCCUUCUGCUUCUCUGCAACGCCCAGCUUCUAACUUGCCCAGUCUGUAGCAUCUUAGACAUAGCUAUGGAAGGGUAAACUAGAAGCAUGUAAGGAAAAGCUUAGAAGAGCAAUUCAGACAAAUUUUAGAUGUGCUUUCCUGCUUGAGCAAAACACACUUACUGGACAACUAUAGAAAGAAAACUGCAGAAGAGAACCGUUACAAAUGGAAAAUGCAAACACUGAGAAAAAAGAGAUAUUACAUCAACAUACAGAAAAGUGGACAAAAGAAGAAGUCAAACAAUUCUUAAUUGAACAUGUUAAUAUUGACCAGAAAUAUGCACAAAUCUUGUAUAGCCAAGAUGUAACUGGUUCUACUUUGAAACUGUUGACUAAAGCAGAUCUUGUGGAUAUGAACAUACCUCAUGGGCCUGCUGUUCAAAUCAUUCAUUUCCUGAAAAAGCAUGGCAUGCUCACUGAAAGUUCAAACCAGGCUAUGGGACAAGAAGGCAGUGAACAGUGUCUUGAUGGAAAUGAGGAUGAAAAAACUGCAAAGAAAGAGUGCAAGAAAUAUGAGUCAUUUAAUUCCAGUAUAUUGCAGGAUUCUGAAAUGGAGCCUAUAGAGAACAAAAGAGCAGUAAAGACAGGUGAUGAGAAUGUAUCAGAGCAGUCACUGUCAAGCAGCCAGCACCCAACCAGAAACAUGUGUAUGCCACAUCCUUUUGAUAAUUUCAGUGACGGUACUCGAUAUACGCAGCAUAGUAUUCUUAAUGUUCCUGAAACAGGGCCACUCAAUCUCAUUGAUCCAGCACAUGAAUUCAAAUUACUUACCAACACAGAGAAUGCGCUAGAAAAGGAUAUUAAGAUGAAAUUCAGCAAUGAAGUCUUUAGGUUUGCUUCAGCCUGCAUGAACUCUCGCACAAAUGGCACUAUUCAUUUUGGAGUGCGUGACAAUCCACAUGGGGAAAUUGAAGGAAUAAAAGUUACCAAGAAAGAAGCCUACAUUGACCAUUUUAAUAUAUACAUUGAAAAGUACUUUGUUAGGGAAUACAUUGGAAUUGCAAAAGCUUGCAUUAGAGAACCUAGAUUUGUGGAAGUAUUAUUACCAAAUGGAACUCCAUCAGAUAUGUUUGUCAUUGAAAUAGAUGUGGUUCCCCAAUACUCCAUAUGUGGUACAAAAUACUUCUCUACUAACAUGUAUGAUUUUAAGAGCAAGAGUUGGAGCAAAGCUGUCUUCAUCCGGGAUGGAGCUAGUUCUAAAAAUAUUCAAUGUACAAACAAAUUUAAACCAUUUACAUCUACUUUGACAUCAUUAGCAGACUCUCGUAAAAGAGCAGAAGAAGAAUAUAACUUAAAGCAAAAGAAGACAACACUUGAAGGAUUAAAGCUAGUUAGUCUGCUCACUGGCAACAGAGACAUGCUAGAUGACUCUUAUUAUGACUACUACAUUUUGGUAACAAACAAAUGCCUUCCAAGUCAAACUUCACACUUAGACUUUUUACAGGAAAUAAAAUGGUUUGCUGUCCUUGACUUUGAUUUUGAAUCAGAAAUGAAUGGUGUACUUAAAACUUGUCAAAAAAAUCUAAAUGCCAAAAUUCACUUCCCAUAUCAUUACGAGAACAAGGUGGGUUCAGUUGCUGAACAAGCUGAAAAGCUGAAUCUGCAUCAGGAGACCAACUGGAUUUUCUGCAAUGGUGGAUCAGACUCAAAAGGCAAUAAAGAACUACCAUUAGAUCCCACUUUGUGGCAACGAGAUAGGGCUGCUGAAGUCAGAAAAAUGGUUUCGUUUCUUUCACAUAAAGACGUAAAGCAGAGUGGAAAGUUUUUAAUAGUGUUUCUUUUGCUUUCCCGAGUGGAAAAUCCACUGGAUCCCUUUACUGAGACGUUUGUUACAUUUUACCAAGAAUUAAAGGGACUAGAAGACACAGUCUGCAUUUGCAUUGGUACAGGUACGUACCAACGAUGGAAAGAUCUUCUUCAUGCUAGAGGCAUUAAAGAGGAAGAACUUUCAAACAAAUGUAUUUCUAAUUUAACCUUGGAGAUGGUAAAUGGUACCAUCACAAGAGCAAAAUCAAUGACAAAGUCUUCCAAAAGACUUCUGCCCUCUGUUGGUGGUUCCACAACUCUCCUAAAGAAGGAAGAAGAUUUUGUAGAAGCAUUGGAAAUCCUGUGUGAAAAUGAAUGCAAGGACACAGAGAUAGAGAAGGAUGAAGAAAAAUUUAAAAAAUUCAUGGAAGAGAGGGAAAAAGAUUUUUAUCGAGGUGGUAAAGUGUCAUGGUGGAACUUUUAUUUUUCUUCUGAAAAUUAUACAUCAGUUUUUAUCAAAAGGGACCGUUAUGAAAACCUUGAAAACCUAAUUGUGUCUUUAUCUAACAGUGCUAAUCAGUCACCUGUACAAAUUGUCAACCUUUACCACCAUCCUGGCUGUGGUGGGACAACAUUAGCUAUGCAUAUCCUCUGGAAUCUCCGAAAGCAAUUCAGAUGUGCUGUUCUGAAAAACAAAACUGGUGACUUCGGAACACAGUUGACAACUUUAGUCACCUAUGGAGCAAACAACAACAGUGGCUAUUUACCAGUGUUACUUCUUGUGGAUGAUUUUGAAGAUCAAGAAAAUGUCUAUCUUCUGCAGAAAGAAAUUGAGGAAGCUAUAACAGAAAAAUGCAUUCCAUAUGUAAAUCCUUUAGUGAUCAUUCUAAAUUGUAUGAGAUCUCAGAAUCCUGAUGAAAGUUCCACAAUCAACUCCUUCAAUAGCAUUUCUUUGAAACAGAUUCUUUCUGAAAAAGAGCAGAGAGCCUUUGAUCAGAAACUAAAAGAUAUUGAAAAGAUGUAUCAAAAUCCUGACAAUUUCUAUUCAUUUAUGAUUAUGAAGAAAAACUUUGAUCCAAAGUACAUAGAAAAAGUGGUAAAAAAAACCUUGCAUAAUUUGGAUGUAGACUCUAAACCAGUACAACUUGUUUACUAUCUAACACUGUUAAACUCUUAUGUAAGAACAUCUACACUUUCAAUAUCACUGUGUGAGGAAUUCUUGGGAAUUAAUUCUCGAGAGAUUGGCAACAAAGACAAACUGAUAGAAAAAAUGGGAAUUUGUUCCAAUAUUCUAAUAUAUGUUCAGAUACAGGAAUACACAAGAUACCGAGGUCUACGUAUUGUUCACCCAUUGAUUGCAUCGGCUUGCCUAACAGAAUUUAAGCUAACCUAUGGCUUGUUUAAAAGUGAAAUUAUAUUGCAGUUAUUGAAUGAGGAUUUAUUUUAUGAGACUUCAUUAAAGAAAGACAAACUUAUUCGUGAUAUACAAACCUUGCUGAUAACUAGGCAGCGCAAAGAACAUGGUGAUGAGUUAGACACAUUAUUUUCCCCUUUAAUUGAAGCCAUUCAAAGAGAAGAGAAGUCUGCUAAUGUGGAAAAUGUGUUAAAACGAGCUUCCACUAGAUUUAAGAAAAAUGCUCUCAUUUGCCAAGUCUUAGCAAGAUACUUUUACAUCAAAGAAAAUAAUUUUGACGUAGCAUUACUCUGGGCAAAAGAGGCCAAACAGCGAGCACCACACAAUUCAUACAUAUCAGAUACACUAGGUCGAGUCUUUAAAAGUCAGCUAAGAUACUGGGUAGACCACAAAGUGAAGAGUGCAAUCUUAACAGCUGAGAAACUGGAACAUUUGCUAGAUCUUGCUCAAAAUGCUUCACAAGCUUUCAGAACAUCUCAGCAGCAAGCUGAGAAUGAAGACAAUGAACAUUUGCAGCAUCAAAAACUUAAAAGAAAGUUUCAAACUUACAAUACUUCUGGUUAUCUGGGAGAGAUAGAAACUGGUCUUUAUAUUAUUGAUGUCCUUAUGUGUGUUCCUUUUAUCAGCAAACAAGUCUUGCAGUGUAGAGAAAACAUGAUAAAGCAUCUAUCAGAAAUUUGUGGUUUAAACAUAGAGAGCAAAGUGUUUGCAGCACUUAAACGUUAUUCCAGCUUUAUAAAUAAUUUGCAAUCACAGUUGAAAAGGGCAUUUGAUUUUUUUGAAGACUACUUUGUGUUUUUCAAAACACAAAUGAAUGAAAAAGAAAUUGCAGAAGCAAAUAUAUACAAGAAGGUUCAAGAAUGCUUUAGCAAAUACACAAAAAUAUUUUGUGAUUGGAAUAUUGACCAACUGAGAAGUCAAUCAUUCCUAGAGUUGCCCUUGACUCAGAAAAUAGAAGCAUUCAGAAAGACUGUGGAGGCUUCCAAAGCAGACUUGUUUUCUGGACUUUUGGCAUACCUUUACAAAAAUCACAGAAAUGAUGACAGAGAACUAGAAAACAUAGUAUAUGCAUAUUCAUUUUUGUGUGAUGAGAAUUCACAAGCAACACUAAAAGAAAAACAGAAUUUUAUUUUGGCAAAUGUUGUUCUGAGCUGCAUUAAUCCUAAAUCCACUGAGUUACAUCAUUUUAAGAAGCUGAGAAGUCAACUUCUAAGUAUCCUAGACAGAGUAGAAGCAAAUUCAUACUGUGUGGAGCCUUUCUUUCUUGCCUCCUUGUUGUUCUGGCCUGAAAAUAGAAAACAACUAAAUGAAGAUUCCAGGAAGAUGGACUACUAUCUUAUACGCCUAAGGGAAUCUUUCAAAGAGCUCUAUGGAACUGUGCAUCAUUCCAAGCAACCUCUGGCUCAUUUCUAUCUUGCAAAAGGCAGUGGUCUGAACAGAUUUGUUCACAAAAGGAAGAUAGACCAGCUUUUUAGCUCACUUCCAGAGCAAAAACUAAAUUCCCUCUGGCAGAGUGGAAAUAUCUGGAAGGAAAAGGCUGUUCAUGACCUUUUGCUUCCUUUAGAUGGGAGAGCGGAGGGUACAGUUAUCUAUGUAAACUUUGGCAGCAAUGAACCCUUUAGGAUACCAGUGCAGCCUGCUCUUUCAUGCCUACUGAAAAAUGGCCCAAAUAUACAGAGAGUGUCUUUUUACCUUGGUUUUUCCAUUGCUGGUCUCCUGGCAUACAACAUACAAAGUCUAUAAUUAAAACAAUAAGGGCUGCAUUUUCACAUAAAUUACAUAUAUGUAUAAAUGAAUUAUAGAACAUAAUAUUUAGAAAACAAAAACAUAAUAUUUAGAAAAUGUGAUGGAAUUUGAAUGCCACGACUCUUAACAACCGGGCUUUGUUAGCUUUUAUUGCUAUUACGUCAUUGUCUGUUUGUUAUAAAAUUGUAUUUUUAUCAGCAAUAGCUCAUUAAUAAAUGCAGGUAUUUGAUAACAUCCUUAACUCUGCGGUGUGGAACUGUAUUUGAUGAUACAUAUCAUAUGCAAAGGUCAACAGAAUUGCUCUUUACAAGUAUUUCCUAUUUUCCAUUACUUUGUAAGACCAUUUUCUUCAUGGCUUAUAACUUUGUUAAUCACUGCAUUUGAAAAAUAAACUCUCUCAUGCCAAA